AGGCUGAAGUAGGUCAAGCUUCACUACGAGAAAAGUAGGUUAGAAGUCGGAGGGAAUCAGAUUAGACUAUGUGUGAUUAACCAAACCCAGCUCAAUUUUAUGAAGAACUCCAACGCAACCCAGCUGAGAAACGAUAUAUUGGCAAGUCCCAAAUCCAAAUCCAAAUUAAAUAAUUUCUAGGUAGGCUCCCAAUAAAGUCCGCCUGAGCUGCACUCUCGAGUGUGCGCAAGGGAGAAGGAUCGAAAGGGGAUCGAAGCCGGACUCACUCUCCGGAAAUCCGGACGCUUUUGCUCUCGGCUUUGUCGCCAGAUCUCCGGCAAUGGCUCCGGUCUCCGCCCUCGCCAAGUACAAGCUGGUGUUCCUCGGCGACCAGUCCGUCGGCAAGACCAGCAUCAUUACUCGAUUCAUGUACGACAAGUUCGACAACACCUAUCAGGCGACGAUUGGUAUUGAUUUUCUAUCAAAGACAAUGUACCUUGAAGAUCGGACAGUUAGGCUGCAACUUUGGGAUACAGCUGGCCAGGAGAGAUUCAGAAGUCUAAUUCCUAGCUACAUUAGGGAUUCCUCUGUUGCAGUAAUUGUGUAUGAUGUUGCAAGUAUGUUUCUGCCACACGGACACAUAUUGCAGACAUCCAUAGCUAGAACCUGCCGACAAACUUUCCUGAACACCUCAAAGUGGAUUGAAGAGGUUCGAACUGAGAGGGGUGGUGAUGUUAUCAUUGUCCUCGUUGGGAACAAAACUGACCUUGUUGACAAAAGGCAAGUCUCGAUAGAGGAAGGAGAGGCUAAAGCUCAGGAUCUUGGUGUUAUGUUUAUAGAAACAAGUGCCAAGGCUGGCUUCAAUGUCAAGGCACUGUUUCGGAAAAUUGCUGCAGCAUUGCCAGGUAUGGAGAAUCUUUCCUCAGCAAAACAGGAAGAUAUGGUUGAUGUGAAUCUCAAGACAACCACUACAAGUGCAUCCCAAUCACAGCAGCAAUCUGGAGGUUGCAGUUGCUAAUGCCAGCCCAAAGUCUGUUAGUGCGUGAGAUUACUUCAUCUGUAAGGAGUUGGUGGAAUUAGCUUGUCCUAUCAUUUGAUCAGUGGCACUAGUUUUUCCCUCAAAGCAUGCAGCCUGGUCAAUAAAAGGGCAUCUGCUAGAGGUUAGGGUUAUGGUGGCUAAAUCAGUUUCCAGACUUCAUGAUUCAAAGUAAAGAUUCUCUCAAGCAUGUAAAUAGAAUUCCCUUUUUUCUAUUCAUAAUUGACUAUCCAAAGAAUCUUGUGUAGAGGUGUGUUUUGGACUAGAGUCAAGCUUUUAGAUUUUUUGGUGAACUCCUCUCUUUCUUCAGUACUGUAUAAGAGAGUUGAAUAAUGGUAUACUUACAAACUUGGGUCAUUGAUGAUAAAUAUUUUGGGCAUUGCCAGCAGCAACAGCAUUAUGAACUGUAUGUGCUUCCUGUCAA